AUGUCUUCCAGACAGAAUAGCGUAGACUACGAAGGGGAAACCUUCGAUGAUGCCUCUGAAACAGUGAAUGACCACCAAAACCUCACCGUUUCCAUCCCCCAAAGUUCCUCGACACCACGCUCCCUGACAGACAGCCCUCCAAGCGGAUCGGCAGCAACGCCACAGUUUACGGAAGCGCCGCCGUUGCCAAUAGCUCCCCAGGAAGAGAAGAAGGAUGAGGAGCCGGGAACGGAUGAUGCCAGCUCGGACAGACCGUCGGGAUCUGAGGAAACACCACGCAAGACAAAACCCCAAAAGUCUCCCCUGUUGACGGCCCACCGUUUAUCUACAAGCUCCCUGGAUGAUGUGAAUCUCGCUGGUAACAAAGAGGACGAGCCCGUGGACCCUCUCCAGACGGCCCCGGAGCCCAAAGCGACUUCGCCUACCCUUCCUACAGACUCAUCGAAUCAAAGCUCGGGCCUGCAGGGCUUGUCCGGAGCCCUUCCACCGAUUCCAUGGGGCCCUCCCCCGGUAAACAAGAAUCCACCCCCUGAACAAGCGCCGCCGCCUCCGAGUCGGAAACUCACCGGUCCCUUUGCGUGGCUUUCCAGAAGCUCGACUGGCGGAAAGGAUGUCAAGUCUCCCCCACCUAACAACCGCAGAAACACCGGCACAUCCGUGUCUACCCUUUCCAGCAACCCGGAACACAAUGAUCCAGACGCUGCGGCUAAGCUCAAGCGCAACAGCUUGAGAGAUCAGUUCAAGAUGCUUAGAUUGCGGGAGGAAGGGUUGGUUUCAGAAAAUGAAGAAUCGAGCAAUGCUUCCGGACGGGGCAGCGUGGGUCCUUCUGGAAGUCCCCCAAGCAUUCCAGAAGAAAGUGAGGAUAAAUCCGCGGCCGCACCACCGGCUCCAGCAGCCAACCCUGGUGCGCAAGCCACAAUCAAUCCUAAUCUUGCUCCCGGAACAGUCUCAGGCUAUUCUACUUCUGCAAGCGAUGCGUCAGCACCCGUGGACUGGGAGUUAUGGGAGCAGCUUGUAAAUGGUGGACCACAGGCAUUAAACGGAACAAACGCUGAAGAGUUGAAUGCCGCCAUCAAGCGAGGAAUCCCGCAGACCAUUCGAGGGGUCAUCUGGCAAGUCCUGGCUGGCAGCCGAAACCUCGAGCUUGAGGAGGUGUACAGAGAUCUCGCUGUGCGUGGUACAGAUAAAGAAAAAGAACGCCAGCGGCUUUCAAAUGGCCACGUCAAUGGGAUUGGGGAGAAGGAGUCUUUGGCGUCUUCGCGAUCGUCAGUACGGUCUGAAAACUCGGCCGCGGGUACACAUUCAAACAAUUCCUCGAACCCUUCCCAGGAGCCGGACCCCGAGAAGCUGUCGAAGGAACAGGUUGCCUCUGAAAAUGCUCGCAAGAAGAAAGCCCAAGACGAUGCUGUGGCCCUGCAGAAGUUGGAAAAGACCAUCAGAAGAGACUUGGGCGCCCGCACCAGUUAUUCUCGGUAUUUUAUCUCUCAAGGAAGCCAAGAAGGCUUGUUUGGCUUGUGUAAGGCAUAUGCUCUGUACGAUGAGGGGGUUGGAUAUGCCCAAGGCAUGAAUUUUAUUGCUAUGCCCUUGCUGUUCAACAUGGACGAGGCCGAAGCGUUCACGCUUCUUGUCAAGUUGAUGAACAAGUAUGGGCUGCGGGAGAUGUUUAUUCAGGACAUGCCUGGGCUUCAUCGCAGCUUGUAUAUAUUCGAGCGUCUACUUGAGGAUAUUGAACCGGCACUGUAUUGUCACCUUCGCAGGCGAGGUGUUCCUCCCCAGUUAUACGCCACUCAAUGGUUUCUCACCCUUUUCGCCUACCGCUUCCCCUUGCAACUGGUCCUUCGCAUUUAUGAUCUCAUUCUUGAGGAGGGUCUUGAGGUCACGAUCACUAAGUUCGCCGUUGCUAUCAUGCGUCGGAAUGCCGAAGCGCUCCUUAGCAUGAAGGACAUGAGUCCCCUGACGGCCUUCUUGAAAGAACGACUGUUUGAUGCAUACAUUGACAAGCAACCCUCGGCGUCUUCGAUUUUGGAGUCUGGAUUCUUCGGAAGCUCUGGUGCUGCUGAUAAGGAGGUCUAUCGGGCGGACAUCCUGGUACAGGAUGCCUGUGCUAUCUCGCUCACACCGGAGAUGAUCGCCGCUUACACGGCCGAGUGGGAAGAAAAGACUCGCACUGAAAAGGAACGUGAGGCGGAAUUGGAUGGACUGAAGCAUACCACUGCUAUUCAGGCCGCUCGGAUUCGGUUGCUCGAGGAGCAGGCAGAGGCGUCGGAUAAGGAACACGUUCAACUCGCAUCGGAACUCGUCCACGUCAAGGUAGAAAACGAGGAAUUGACGGACUUGAAUGAUGCCAUGCAGGUUCAAGUAACCCAGUUGAAGAAUGUGGUCGAUAAGCAACCCGCGGAGGUUGAGGAGAAGCUUCGGACAGAGAUGGAUCGCAUCAUGAAGCGGAACAUGGAGGUCCAGAACGAGAACAGAUCCAUGGUAGAGCAGAUGGCUGAGAUGGAGAAGGAGCUCGUGGAGACGAAGAUGAAAUGGGCCGAGAUGCAUGAGAACCACGAAAACCUGAAACAAAAAUGGAGUGAUCUUCGCAAAGCUCUCGAUUAA